CGACGCCAGGGAGGCAGGGGUACAAAGCAAAGACCCCAUCACAAAUCAGAAUUAUCCCUUUGGCUGAUCCCGUUUACGUUUCGUCACGGCUGCCUGAUGUGUCUGCCAAAGCGGAAACACUCAGGAAGGCAAGAUAUUUGAGGAGUGAAAUAACACAGAGCUCCGAGGACCCAGUCUUUCUGAGAAGGCAUCCCAACCAGAGGAACUGUUCUCUGCAAUCUAAUUAUCCAAUUUGCUGGAUGCGGUGCAAUCGCACAGACGGGAUGCCUCGUGGAGACUUUAACAUUUAUUUUGCCAGCAGCCGGCGAGGAUACGUCAGAGCUGAGGAGGCAGUGGGCAUAGUUCUGCUGGUGGUCAUCCUGGCAGCUCUCCUCAUCCUGGGGUGCUGGUACUUCAAGAAGAGGAGUGGCUACAAAAUAAUCAGGAACCCCAGAUCAGGGUCUCCAGGUUACACAGGAGGCCAGUACUCAGAGGCAGGACCUUCAGCAGACAACAAAAUGGCUCUAACUGACUUUGGCAGCUUUCGACCUGUGGUUCCUAAUGCUCCUCCAGCCUACGAAAAGAUUUCUUCAGGACCGCUGCCUCCUCCCUAUUCCCCCUAAAGGACUUCUGGUGAAGAUGGACGAGAUGUCUGAAGAAGAAAGAAAAAUACUGGCGAAAAAACUCUGAACUUCAUCUUCUGUCUAAUACAUAAUCUGAUAUCACUGUAGAUAUGGUUCUUCAUAACUAAAUAUACCAAUAGGUGAAAGUAUUGUAAUCCUCACUUUGUAAAAUUUUGCACAUGAACAGACACAAUGUAUAUACUUUAGGCUGUUUCAAUAAACAAUAAAAAUGAUUUCACAAGAGUCUGUCUGUAAGGAAGAAGCUCAAACACACUUGUCAGGGACAGUCGCAUUGUUUAUUUUCAUGCAGUAACGUCCACAUUUGUUCAAUGAAAAUGUACCUAGUAAAUAUUUUUGAAAAAUCUAUGUGGUAAAAAUAAAUAAAUGUAACUUCAAAACAUUUUAUAUGGGCUCAAACAUGUAGUACAAAUUCAUCUAUUAGUUUAUUUAUAUUUCUAAAAAGGUAAAAUGUAGUUUUCAGUUACUAGUUUAAAAAAAAAAAAAAAAGACAAUGUGACAGACUUUCGAUACAGACAGUUGUAUUGUUCAAACUGACA